AUGAUGGGAGGAACUGCAGCUGCUAUAUCGAAGACCACAGCCACUCUUAUUGAACGCGUCGGACUUCUUAUACAGAACCAAGGAGCUAUGAUUGCCUCUAGAAGGCUUGACCGACUUUACAAAGGCAUAACUGACUGCUUCAAACGGACCAUCUCAGAAGAAGGGGCCAUCAGCUGCGCGUUGACAGUGUGGAGGGGUAAUGCCACGAACGCCCUGAAUUUUGCAUUUAAAAUGCCUUCAAGAAGGGUUCUGGUCGAAAAAUCACACGGAUUCGGUUUAUGGGUCUCGGUAUGUACAGCCGCUAGCGCAUCCUCGUGUAUUCACUCGAUUAGUACCGCUCGCACACGAUUAGCUGCUGACGGUAGAAGCUCCAGAAAAGGUGGGCAGCGUCAAGUUUCCGGCUUGAUCGACGUAUACAUGCAGACCCUCUGUUCCGACGGAAUCGUUGGCCUGUACAGAGGAUUCGUGCCCGGUAUCUUUAGUGUCUGCGUGUAUCGAGGACUCUACUUCGGGGGAGAUGACACAAUUAGAGAUACUUUCCUAGUCGGAGAUCUGCGUGGUGACUUUAUGACCUCUUUUUUUGUGGGUUGGAUGUGUACAACGGGAGCGGCUAUGAUUGCAUACCCGCUUAACAUUAUCAGGAGACGAAUGAUGAUGACCUCUGGGGAAAAGAUGGGCCAACAUCCAAAGUACGAUAACGCUGGAAAGCAGAUUGUAGCGAAUGAGGGUGUAAGGACGUUGUUUGAUGGAGCUGGUGCAGGUGCAAAUAUCCUUCGUAGUGUAGCUGUCGCGGGUGUGUUAUCAUCGUACGACAAGUAUAGAUGGUUAGUUUGCUUGGGAAAGGUAUACUAG